AUGGAUACCCUCGGACUACACUACACUACUCAAGCCUCCAAACUCGACGAACUUUCGUCCAAACUUGCGUCCCAAGAAGGCAAGGAUGAAUGGCAGCAGGUUGAGAUCUCUGCCCAAGCUUUGGCGAACGGCCUUCGCGUGAGGAGCGAAGAUGUCGACACUCACACCAUCUUGGGCAAGACGCAACUUCCGCGGACGCUCGCUCGCAUACUGCAGUUAGCGGGUGAUAGCGAGAUACCCAGUGCCUCCCGUGCACCAGCCGUUCUUGAGAUCCUUCGUGUUGCCGCCAAUCUGUGUCUGGACCACGACGAAAAUAGAGGACACCUCCUUGAUGCCGAGUUCCCCCAAUCAGUAGUUGCUCUCCUCGUCUCGUACGAGAAAAUUAUUCCUGCAGACCGCAAAACGGGACUCCUUCCUAUGACUGUCCCUCAUCUGAAAGUCGUGAAAACAGCCAUAGGAGUCUUACUGAAUGCUUGUAUCGGAUAUGAGGCUGUGAAGUCUCUUUUGAUCGACUUACAAGCAGCUGUUACGAUCCUUGGGCUAGCGACUGCGAUAUACCCUGUUGGAUCUUGGAUCACCGCAGUGCCACGAAGCCUCUAUCCAGACAUUGAACCCGAUCCAACCAGCGAGGACAUCACAGAGUCAUGGACACUAAGGAGCGACCUUUCGAAUUGGGCCUGGCGCAUCAUCUCCGAGUUGAAAGCCGAUGCGCUAGAUUUGUUCGAUCCUGAAGAUCUGUCGCUUUUCAUACUCCCGCUUGCGGCAUAUAGCCCUCCGUUCCCGUCCCCUUCAGGACAAUUCGAACACGACAGUCCCCUCCGACGCGCACUCGUUCAGACAGACUUCAAUGUUUUCGAAGAGUCAUGUUCACUUUUAGAGUCAAUGGCGAUAGAUGUGGAAGAUGUGCGCUUAGCGUUGGCGCGCGGAAUGUCAUCCCCUGACGAGCACGAUGGCGUCAACUGUUUGAUGGAAAUCUAUAAAUUCGUGGAAGACGGCGACUAUCAUCCGCUCUGGCCUAGCGAUUCUCCUGGCGAGCGGGCACGGAAGGUGAAGGCUUUCGAUCACUGCAAGGCUGCACUCAUCAAGGUCGUGGUCGAGGUUGCCGGCGAAGAAAAGAAUAUCGAUGUUCUAUGGGAUGAUUCAGACAACGCGGCGCCGGGUGGUCCCUUCGUGUCGCAAAUGGUACAUUGGAUCAAAUCGCAGGAACAGCUGAAGGAAGAAGAUCGCGACGAUCUUCUCGUAUGCGCGACCCUCAGUCUAGGGAAUCUGAUGAGAUACGAGGUUCACGCAGCAGCGAUUGUUGAAGAGCCAAUCGCCCUUGGACCGUAUCUAGCUGCAAUGCUGGAACCAGAAACCGAUAUGAAAGUCAAACAUGGGGUCAUCGGCCUUCUCCGACACCUGGCGUAUGCCUCCAAAGCUCGAGAGCCAUUAGGCAAAGUUGGGAUCAUCGGUCGACUAAUCGCAUCUAACAUCUUUAAGGAGAAUUCUGCUAUCGCGGGGUUGGUUCAGGUGAACGCGAUAGGCAUCGCAAAACACCUCUGCAGUAGCAAUGCUGUUGUUUCAUCAGCCGAGAACUGCUACGCUCUGUUGUUCUCAUCACGAGGUCAAGAUUCCGAGCCAAGCGGUCUUGAACAGAUUCUGGAUUUAGUUAGACGGUCUGAUGACGUUCCUAUCAAGAGUGAGGGAACACGAGUGUUUGUGAACGUCAUCCGGACAUUAUGGUCGAAAGCUACUCCGGAUGACGAGCGAAAGACGAAGGGCAUGGUCGCUAUCACGAGUGCGCCUGUUGCAUUGGCUCUGGCUCAACUCAUUGGGCGAAGCAAAAAAUAUCCUAGUCUAGUCAACGAAGGCAUAGUCGCGCUCACAUUGCUGACCCUCUACGGGAAAGGAGCCGACUACGUGCUUGAUGCCAUCACUUCACCCUUACCACAGGAAGCGCAAAUAAAUGCGGAUGGGCCCUCCACGGAGGCAAAUGAUCUCACUUCCCCAGUGACCACUCCAAGACGAGCAUUAGAUAUGAUCAUGGCCAUCUUCACCUCCCCCAGCAAGCGGUUCCCAGAGGAGAUGCGUGCCAACAUAUGUGUUCUUCUGGGCCAUAUUGGUCGGCCAGGUGCCGUCACAGAGGAUCGAGUGAUAGAGCUUAAGAAGUUGAAGGAGGAAGUUAGGCCUAAGCUGGAGGAUGCUAAAAACAUCGAGCAGCAGUCCAAGCUACAGCAGUCAUCCUUAAAGGCGCUGCAGCUAUGGAGCUAGACCGUUCGGGAUAUAAUGUCAAGAUCAGCGACAUAAGGGUAUUUAUUCUCGUUGUAUUGUGUUAGUUGUGACUAUAGUAGUACCUGUAUCUUG